AUGAUGCUACACACCGACCCAGCCGACGGGUUCGCUAACAAGGUCCCAGUCUGCCGGGGCCACGAGGGCAAAAGAGGAGUUGGCCACAGGACGGGAUUUAUCCUGCCUCCCGAGAAGACCUGGUAUUGGGAAGGAUGGUUCGUCUACCUGUACGAACUCCGCGGAUCCGACCCGCGCAUGCUUCACUCGCUGCGACGUGCAGCGUGCUGCAAGUGUGCCAUCGAGGGCACGGCCGUGAUGCAGGAGCAGAUCCUAAAGAAGAGCGCGAUUGUGGCCGAAAGGAAGAGCAAGCAGAGCAAGGACAGCAAUGUGAAAGGGCGGCGUAGCAGAGGAUCGCGCGAAGCGCGGUCCAAGACCAAGGAAAAGAAGAAGGAAGAAAAGGAAGAGGACGAGAAGCCAAGAAGGAGGAUGGAAGUCCUCGUCAUCAAGAAUCCCGGGAAGCGCCGCGCCUUCAAGUUCAAAUGCUCGGAUAACAAGAUCUACCGCAUCAAUCCCGUGUUCUCCAUCGCCAAGGCCGACGAGGACACCAAGCUCAAGCAACAUGAUAGAUUUUUGUUCUAUUUUGAA